GCAGGCCCCGCAAGCAGGAUCAACCCUGCAGAGCCGCACACGGGGUCAAGGCUCCCCAGGUGUGUGCUGAGCAGCGCUGCCCUCUGGGCCCCUCCCGCAGGUGUGCCUUUGUCUUUCAGGAUGAUCUCCUGCUGGAAGCCACUUGGCCACUGGGGUGUGUUCACUACUAGAGGCUGUCAGGAGGGCUUUGAGGUUUCUAGGGAGUCCAAUGAUCUGAUUGGAUCUGUGUUUUCAGAAGGUGGCUCUGCCAGUGGGCUUGGGGGAUGGGUGGUCAGGGGGAAGCUGUUACAGUCAUCAAGGAGAGAGAUGACAAGGGCCUGGAUCAGGCAGCCCUGGGAGGGUCAGAGGGGACAGCCCUGCAGCAGAGAGGUCAGUGAAGAAGCUAGUGUCAGUCUGAGGCAUGAGGUGGCAAGGGCAGAAACAGAAGGGCAGGGGAAGAAGGGCAGGCUGGGAGGCAUUCUGGAGUGGAGUGGUCAGGGGCUGGACGACCAAGAUAUGAGAUGGGGGUCAGAUGAGAGCCCCUCACUCGAGUUCCUCCUUACACAGUCCUUACAGCAACCUGGGCCUGGGUUUUUCCUCUGGAAACCUGGCCUCAUCCAGGUCACCCACGCUCACAUGCCCUUGCCCCACGUGUGUCAGGAAGGAAGGCUGCUUGGUUUUGGAGCUGUCUCCCCAGGCCCACAGUGCCAGGCCCUAGCCCCAAGAGCCAUCCCAGCCAGCAUCAGCACCCUCAGCAAGGCCCCAUGGGUCCUCAGCUUUCCCAGGGUCCUGUGGCCCAGCCUGCCUCACCCCGGCAGCAGCGGCAGCUGCCCUUCCCUGUGUGUGGCCCCGGGCGCACCCUUGUCUUCCUGUUUCCCACGGCCCAUCUGGAGAAGGCCGCCAGCUUUGGCUUGCUGGCACCUCGCAGGGGUCCCUUCCGUGGGCACAUCAGGCUAUGCCCUGUGCCCACUCGUGUCCCAGUGUAGGCGGCUGGUGGUAGGCCAGUGGCCGGGGCAGAGCGCCACUCUCCUGGGCAUGUGGCCUGCCAGCCAGCCAGAACACAGCCAGACCAGGCGAUGCUGCCUCCACCUAGCCCUGCCUCCAUCAUUUUCGGCUUUUAUUUCUCCCACCUCCAACCACCAAAAGAUGUUUCUCAGGGACGUCAACUGGAAGACAAGGUAAACAGCUAAAGUCUUCUGGCAAAUUCCCGCAGCAGUGAGGCUGUCGGAGUGAAGGUGAGCCGCAGGCCGGCCGGAUCAUACCUUCCUGCCCAGGCUUGUGGAUGUGUGUGAGGAGAGGCGGGCAGAAGGUACCCUCUGACACACUGCCACGUGGCCCCCCAUGGGAGGGUUGUAGAGCAAGUGAAAAAAGGUUGCAAGCCCCAAGUUCCAAAAUGUUGAAAAGGAAGUUGUACUGAGAGGUCACUUCUCCUGUGUGACAGCAGAGACGUGGGAAAGAGGCGAGAUUGUAAAUGUCUGGAAAGAGAUCCAAGGUUUCCCAUCCGGGGAAGGGCCCUGCAGAUGUUCGUUUGAUAUUUUCUCAGCUUCUAAAUAUUUAGAAAUGAAGGUGGAAUGUUUUGUUGAGUGGGGAGAUCAGGCAGGUCAUUGGCUAGUGAGCAGUCUCUCCCCACUCAGCAGUAGACACCCCCAAUAUAUCUUCAGGCAGUAAAUCCCCAGUAGAGGCACUUGCCUGUGUAUCCUAGCAGGAACAUCCUCUUUGACUUGCGUUUGGCAGUUAGGCCAGGCAGUAUAUUUUUGUCACAGGGAAGAAGCCCAUUGCCCUUCCAGAUGCAGGGAACAAAGGGUGGGCCGGGCCCAGCUUGGCAGUUCCAGGAGUGCACGCUCGCUGGGGAGGCCUGGCUGCAGCUGCACACACGCUCCUCGUGUCCUGUGGGGUUGCCUGGGUUCAGGGGUGGAGAUGCUUGAGCAGCGCAGCUUCAAGGGGCGGCUGGGUUUUUGCCAGAUGACCUGGGGUGGAGUGACCAGUGCCUGGCUGAGAAGGAAAGCUGGCCUGAGACAGGCUCCCCACAACCAUCCCGUGCUGUGAAGGGCGGAAACAGGAGACGAAGGGACUGGAGAUCCCUGGCAGGAGGCGGCUGAGGCAGGGAUGGACCCUGCUCAGGUUUUCUGAGCCCUGGAUUGUGGUUUGUCCUUCAGUUUUCUGGUAAAGGAUGUAUAUGAAAUUGAGCCAGCAGAGAGAUCUCAUAAAAGGAAGCAGGUUUCAGAAUCACCCAGACCUUGAUUCAGAUCCUAGCUCAGGAACUUUCCAGCUGUGUGACCUAGACAGACCGCCACCUCUUUGAACUCAGUGUUGAUAAUGCCCAUUUUGAAAGAUAAUAGUUCCAGCACUUUGAGAGGCUGAGGCAAGAAGAUUGCUUGGCCAGGGGUUCGAGACCAACCUGGGCAACAGUUGCACUGCCCCCCCACCCCUUCACCCCUCCCAACAAAACAAAAAGUUACCUGGGUAGGGUGGCAUCUGUGGUCCUAGCUUCUUGGGAGUCUGAGAUGGGAGGAUCACUUGAGCCCAGGAGUUUGAGGUUAUAGUGAGCUAUGAUUGCACCAUUGCAUUCCAGCCUGGGCAGCAGAGCAAGACCCUGUCUCUAAAAAACAUAAUAAACAAAUGUUAUUUAAAAAAAAAAAA